AUUUAUUUUAAUAUGUAGUAAAUUAGUAAAGAGAAAGAGAAUCAAAUAUAAUAAGCAAUGGAUUUAGAAAAAGAUGUGUUAAGUACAUUAGCUAAAGUGAGACAAUAUGAAGGAUCAAUAAAUUCACUUAAAAGAAACAUUCAAAAAUGUAACAUAACUUUAAAAGAAUUGGGAAGUAUUGAUCAAUAAAAGACAUAUAAUCCAGUUGGUAGAUGGUAAUGAAAUAAGAUAAUAAUGUUAGUUUUAUUUUGAAACCCAAAGGAGAUAUUGUAAAUGAAGUAAAUGAAAAUAUUAAAUCUCAUGAGAAAGAUAUUGCAGAAUAUGAGAAAGUUAGAUAACAUUUAGUUACAAAAGGUAAAGAGAAAGAAAUUUAAUUGUAAGAAGCAAUGAAAUCAUUAAAAAUUUGAAAUU